AUGCCGGGGCUCCCUGGGCCGUGCCAGGCCGGGCAGUGGUGGGAGUGCAUCCGCGGCAGCAGCCGGAGAUUCUGUCAUCCCUGUAUUUCUGCAAGUUUAAAGAAUAACGCAUGGAUGUGUCCUUAUCUUCCUUCUGAAGGAAUUCCAGCCACCAAUAUUGCUAAGAAGAUGGAGAGCACGUACCGAAACUGCACAGAAUGUGAAACACAGGUAUGCCUGAGUGAAAUGAGAGCUCAUUUAAGAACUUGUGAAAAAUAUAUAGAAAAAUAUGGACCUCUACAGGAGCUUGGAGCUGCUGUAACAAGAUAUUCCUGUCCUUAUUGCCAGUGUGAAGUAGAUGAGGAUGAGCUUAUGGACCGUUCUCACCACGGAUCAGAAAGGAGAGCAGCGGUAACAUACAUAAGUAUAUAUUUUACUGAAUUCACAUUAAAUGGAUUAAUUCUAGCAACAUUACUCAUCAGUUGUUGUCCAAUUUGUUUUUUAACACCCGGGAGAGAACCAAGCUAUUUCAGCAGAAGUUUUAUAAGGCACCUUCAACUCAGACAUGCACUCCAUUAUGAAGACUACAUAGUAAGUAAUGGUAUUUGCAGUCUACUGGACUUGAUUUCUUUGUGUGUUUCUUCUUCCACACCUUUUACAAUCAAGAAUUCAUACAUAAACACUGUUGGAGAAGUUCUUGUUGAAAGAGUUUUGGAUGGGUCAUUCUUAGACUAUAUGCAUGUGAGUCAUCCAAACAGCACCUAA